AUGGGGAUUCUGGUUUACUACCUGAACUACCUGACUUACUACCUGAACUACCUGACUUACUACCUGAACUACCUGACUUACUACCUGACUUACUACCUGAACUACCUGAACUACCUGACUUACUACCUGAACUACCUGAACUACCUGACUUACUACCUGAACUACCUGACUUACUACCUGAACUACCUGACAUACUACCUGACUUACUCCCUGACUUACUACCUGAACUACCUGAACUACCUGACUUACUACCUGAACUACCUGACUUACUACCUGAACUGCAUGACUUACUACCUGAACUGCCUGACUUACUACCUGAUUUACUACCUGACUUACUACCUGACUUACUACCUUAACUACCUGACUUACUACCUGAACUGCAUGACUUACUACCUGACUUCUACGGUUGGAUUCUAA